AUGAAAAACAUGGUCACUGGUGUUGUUUAUCCGCUUGCAAUAUCGUUCGGUGCAUAUAAGUCAAAGCAGGCGGAAGACACUUCUGGCGCAUACUUAUUCAAACCAGAACUUCCCAGUGUGCCGUUUCCUUUGAGUUCGCAACCCAAAAUUCGCGUGGUCAGGAGUAAACUCGUGGACGAAGUAACCACUUACCACCCGAACCUCGUGCAUACCGUCCGUAGUUACAAAACUGGUAAUCCUGUGCAGCUGGCCAUCGAAGUCGAGAACAUUCUGGAUCUCAGCUUUCCAAAUGACAACCACGAGGUCGUCAUGAGGUUGAGUACCGGCAUCAACAACACAAACCGAGUCUUUUUCACAGACUCCAAUUGUCUUCAGGUGCAUUUCUCUUUUGUUUACAUUUCGGCUAUGCAGUCUAUUGCCUAUGAGCUUUAUUACACUUCUUCUCGCCGCAUCUAUUUUACUGUUAACUGGUUCAUUCGACGGGUCUACUAUGAGAAGAUACCGCUACAAGGUAACAUCUACCCAAUGACUUGUGCGGCCUACAUCGAGGCCGGUGGCUACCGAAUUACCCUGCUCUCGGCACAGUCUCUUGGCUUCCUGGCCGGUGAACAUCCUGGCGAGAUG